AUGUCGAAAACCAAUGAAAAUGCAGCGAACCAGAAAGACAGCUACUUUGAAAACCUGCUAAGGUCACAAGUCGUGGAUGCUUUGCAUAUAUUUAAGGGCCAGAAGUUUGUUAAUUUGCAUCCUGAAGAGAUUGGCGUCGCAACAAAGCUGAUAUACUUCUUCCUUACGACGUUAAUAGGAGCCAGAACCUUGGGUGAAGAGUAUGUUGAUCUUGUGUAUGUGAAUAGGGCCGGAACGAGGCUUCCCAAGCUUCUUCCAAGAUUGGGGUUUAUUUUGCUGUAUGCAUUGUUGCCGUAUGUGGCGACGAGAAUCAUUAAGAAGAUACGGUCUAGGAUGGGCUCUGAUGAGUCAAAGAAUGAUCCUUGGUAUAAGCAGGUCCUCACGUCGUAUCCGAAGCUUUUGGAUACGAUUAUUAAUGUUCAUGUGGCUAUAUUUUACUUUGAGGGGUCUUUCUAUUCGAUUUCCAAGCGUAUAUUUGGUCUCAGGUACGUCUUUGGCCAUAAUAAGGACCCUAAGAAGCUCCAGAAGACAGGUAACUAUUCAGCCUUGGGUGUGAUCAUUUUGCUUCAGUUUGCCAUCAAGCUUUUGAUCAAAUUCAAGGAAUACUCAGAUGAGAGUAACAGGACAGAAGAGGAGAAGAACCUCGCUAAGGCAGAGGCCGAAUCAUAUGAGAACUUCAGAAAAGUGCAGCAGCUAGAAAGCUUGAGACAGCAUUUCGAUGACGAUGUGGACGAGAAGGUGAAUAUUGACUUGAGCGAUUCUAAGCAGUUGCCGUACCUUCCUGAAAGUGCAAGAAGCUGUAUGCUUUGUCUUUCGCCUAUGGUUAACCCAUGUGCAGCUAACUGUGGACACAUGUUCUGCUGGGAUUGCAUUGUCGACUGGACUCGCCAGCAUCCCGAGUGCCCUUUGUGUAGACAAGUGUGCUUGGAGCAGAACUUGUUGCCUUUGCGCUAG